GAAUUCAAAGAGCUCGCUCAUCUGUCGCAGGAGCUGUUGGCUCUAACAACUUGUAGAAGACACCGUUGUUGACUGCAUUGUUUAAUCAUCAACCUAUAGCAAGUACUCAAAGCGAAGCAGCAGCACCUCAGCAGGUGGGUCGCCAACGGAGAAGGCCAGGCGGCUUUGUCGUCGCUCUAUUCGACGACAGAAUAGUGGAAGGAAAUAGAGCAACUCCAGUUCAGCCGUGAAGAGGUAGCUGCCAUUACUCACGCCGUGAACGAAAGUACAGACUCAACUGAGGGCGGUGCGCAGAAACGACCACAUUGCCGAAAUUAGAAGUGGCAGCAGCAAUUUCGGCAAGCAGAACGGGAAGGAGACGUUCGCUUAUCCUCGUUCGCUUAUCCUGAAAGGAGUGACCAGCAGGUGCGACCGGCGGCGGGGUUCAGUGCCGCGGUGUCAGAUCAUUAGGAGGCUACAAAACCUACAACGAGAUUCCGGCACCUUCCGGAAGUAGAGGGACUACUAAACUUCUCGAAGUAGAGGGACUACUAAAUCCAACUCCUGCUGCCCAAAAAUCCAAAAUUUUUAUUCGACCCGAACUUACAACGGAAGUGGCGCGACUACCUACGAAUCACCUGCUGCACAGCUCAGGCGCUUUGCGGCAGCUGUUGUUAACAUCCGCGGCUGAGCCUUUUCUUGCUGUGGCUCCUUGAGAGGAGGAAUCAACAACAGCAACUUCCACUUGUAGAAGUUACAAAUCCCAAGAACGACUGCAACUCUUUGUGCUCGUCUUUGGCGAGGACGACAAACGAAGGACAAGAAAGAUGGCGCAUUCGUUGUCGCUCGCUGGGAGCGACAGAGGUUUGCACAUUGUCUUCCUGGGUGAUGCAGAUAUAGGACAGAGCGAGCUGCUGAAAUAUUUCCGAUAUGAAGAAAAAGGAACGAGUAGUCCGAGUCUUAUGGCCUCUUAUUAUAUAAGUAAGCAAAAACAGUGUGUCGUUAGAACAAUCGUGAACACAAUGGCAAUGUUGAAUGCUGGGUGAAAGUGGUGUGUUCAUCUUGUUUCUAAGUUCUUGUGAAAACGUAGAGAACAUCAGAGCUACAGAAGGAAGCUAUGUAUUUUUAGGCUAUUUCUUCUUGCAAACGAGUUGUCUCUACUUCAUCUUCUUCAUCGGCGGUGCUCAUUCUAGACGACGGUAACUUCUACGAGAGCAUCCUUCUACACGAGAACUCUUCUGAGAAAGUUCUUGUGAAAACGUAGAGAACAUCAGAGCUACAGAAUGAAGCUAAUCGUCAUCUAAUUCACAAUCGUCGAGCCUCUUUCCAGAACAUCAGAGCUACAUAUUGGACCAGGUGAUAGAAGCAGAGCCUUUCCGCGUCCGUGUUACCGACUCAGCAGGCUUGAAGCUCUACGACAAGGUACGCCUUAGUACUUGCAUAGAAGUAGAACCAAAGGUAGUACUUAAAUUUAGACAAAAGGAGCGGUGCAUUAUAAGUAGAUUCUUGAGGAACAGGCUGCUGUUCUCGUCGACACCUUUGGUUCUAAGACAAAGACGAGCCAAAAGUACUUAUUUAAAAAAAAGGAGGAGUACUAGCAAAAAUAGCUUCACCAACAAUUUGACACUCAAGGCCUUUAUUGGGUUGUAGAUCUACUCUGUCAUUCGCUACUAACACCAGGUUCGCAAGCCUAUGCUGAGGACGGCGCAUCUUGUAGUUCUAUGCUUCUCGACCGCAAGAAGAGCAACACUGGAAAGCCUAGAAAGGGAGUGGAUUCCUCUGAUAAAAAGCAUAUCCUUCACAAAAAAUCAAGAAGAUGCAUACUUUCUCAAGCCGUACAUCAUCCUCGGUCUCCAGACCGACAUCCGUAUACUUAGAUACUACACUUUGACUUCUCUGCUGAUCAUGCGUAGUUGAAGUUGUAUGUCUUGCUUGUAUAUUUUGGUAUGGUUUAGUCUCCAAAAUAGUAGAUGGAUGACUAUGCGACUGCGAGACUCGUGCCAUGCCAUGUACGAAGAUGCCAAGGUCAAAUGAAGCACGCAUGGAGUACGCUCGAGUACGGAAGAGAUACAUUUUCCCUUCUGUGUACAAGUGCUGGACAUCUAGGACAACUCUAAUUCAACCUUUAUUUUAGCUUCGUCGUACUAAAACAUCACCAGGUGCUUCAUCAAGAGCAUCGGUAUCGACGGAAGAGGGGCAGGAAUUUGCGAGAAGUGUGGACGCAAUAUCCUACCUGGAAUGCGGUAUGAGGGAUGCGGCGGAAACACUAGAGGCCUUGCGCAUGAAAAUACUCACAACCGCAAAAGAGUAAAUUUCUAUUUCAAUUUUCGCAGAAUAGAUAUAGAUUUAGAACUAGAAGAUAAGACAAUUCUUAGUUCAACUUCAAUCAGUUCAGGAUCAGCUUCAGCUACAAAUUAAUACGUACAUCUACAUUUCCAGACACGAAAACAACUUCCUUUCCACACGAUCUACUAGAAGAAAACUUCUCCGGAACAUCAGCAUCAAAACCACAACAGAUCAUACCUUUUCCGAUGGCAGCAGCGUAGAGUGAAGAGGUCGCUGCGGGCACAGAGCGAUGUCGACAGAGAUUAAGGGUAGGUUAAAGGUGCUUUUCUUACCGCUUUUUAUGCCUCUCCUAAGGGAGAAAGGCAUAACAAGCGGGGUAAGCGAGCACCAAAAACCUACCUCUAAAGAGAGGAGAUUGCAGCUUCAGUAGACCGCUAUAUGGAUGAGGCGUUGACCGUAGAGGAAGACGUCGAGCCACUCAGUCGAGAAGUGAUAAAACAAAACCUUUCCUGCCUGGGCGUCACGCCCUAUAUGGCACACGCGUACUGUUUUUGUUUGGAGUUGGACCAAUCUACUAUGUUAUUUAGAGAGAGAGAAAGUUGUCCAGUCGUUGUCCCUGAUAUAAUUUAUGUUAUUUAAUAUUCUAGAAGAGGUGGAACUUACUACUACUUCUGCUUGUAGUUGUUGACCUAGAACAACAAAUUAAUAAAUACCAUGGAUGUAAAAAGCUAUGAGAUGAAAAAGUGGUCUUGUAAGAAAGUGCUUCUCAUAUGAUAGAUGAUUAUAGAGUGGACGAAGGGCCCUACAAACACUAGUACUACCUCUACUACCACUAGAGGCACGACCGUCUGUAGUGCUACAACUCCUCUACUACCACUAGAGGCACGACCUUCUUUAGUGCUACUACAACAAAAGUAAAAAAGCAGCAUAAAAUGCCGAUAGGUACUUGCAGCUUGAUGUUCCGGACUUAGGCCUGACAAGUUGCGACGCCCUAAGAGGCUAUCCGAACUUGCAGUAUCUAGACCUCUCGAACAACCAUCUGCGCUCCCUAGAACCAUUGGGUACUUUUCACUAUUUUGGACCUUUUGUGUUGAAGUAUGUGUUUUCACGCCAAGGCUUAUUUGAUGUCUUUCUAGUAAUAAACCCAAUAGAAGCAGAGACUACGAGGAGUUGUACAUACAAGUACAACAUUAACUCAUUCCUGUUCCGCCCGAUGAAACAGCAUCAUUCUUGAUAAGUGCCCUUUACUAAGUACAUUCCUCCACCAGCACCUUCUUCAUGUAGUUCACACUUCCUAGUACCCAACAUCACGACCAGGUGAAUUGCCAUUCCUCUUGCGAUUGAAUGCAUCUCGGAAUCAAAUCGUGCGCACGCAGUCCUUUGGCCCACCUAGGCACUUGGAGACGCUCGAUUUGUCCUACAACAUGAUAGGCGAGAUAGGGGAUUUUAGGUGUCACCGACAUCUGCGGGAACUGAGCCUUCGUGGAAAUUUCAUAUCGGAAAUCGACUUUAUGAGAACAAAAGCAAAUGGAUGAAAUGAAAACAGUUACUAGUACCACAAGCAGAACCAGAUGCUGUUGAUCAUGAACGAACAACAGGUGGUACGCAGUUUGCUUUACAUCAGCACUAGGACUUAGACUAGGUGGAAGUUUGUGGCAUUGCACUUUUAACGUAUGUUGUCUGUACGACGUGCAUUCAUAGGAAGCCUCCUCAUCCUUCAUACCAGCCGCAUGCUUCCAGAAAAAUCGACGGUUGAAGAUGCUGGAUCUCAGUGAAAAUCACAUCAGCGCAAUCGAAAAUCUUGAAAAUUGUCCGCUAGAAGCACUGUACAUCGCACAGAAUCAGCUGAAGACCUUAAGCGGAAUCGAAGCUCUUACGCAGUUGUCGGUAAGAACACGAUGAUGAUAUUCUAACUUUUUGUGCAAGCUGCUGUAAUAAUUAUCACGGUUAUAUUCUAACUUUUUGUGCAAGCAUGCAAAAAAAAAGAAGACAAUUAGAAGAACAAGGAGACCAACAAGUAAGUAAUUAAAAGUUGUUCCCCAGAUGUAAGAGAUAGAUCAACAAGAUAGACCAACGAUCUUAAAAAAGAACAAGAUCCACAACUGCUGCAGGUCUUGAAUGUGCGCGGCAAUUUCAUUUCCUCCUUGGCGCCAUUAGAAGGGCUUGCUUUGCGGAAAGUCUGCGUGACCGAGAAUAAGAUAAAAGCAACAGAAGAGCUGAGUCGACUGCCGACGACAAUAGCAGACCUCUACGUUACACCGAAUCCAGUCUCAGAAUUGCCGUUUUUCCGUCUCCAAAUUCUACGACUCCUCCCGCACUUGAGGACACUAGACGACGUACCGGCAACACCACAAGAAAAGGCACUAGCGAGCUUUUAUUUUAUACUUCAUGACUUCAAUUCUCAACGUCAACAUUUUUUUCGCUUCCAACGAUGCUAGUGCUACACCGCGAAUCGACGUCGUAUUCUUGGUGAAAUCUAAAUCAUACUCACCCUCUCGUAAUGCGAAUGAAAAGACAUAACCUCACAAUCACAAACCCGUUCGUUUCCUUCGUCAUCAAACAAGGAAGUUCGCAAUAAGGUAAAAGGGAACGUGUCCUGACGUCAAUCAUCAUCCUCACUACAACAAGGUAAAAGCAAACGUAGCCUUUGGAGACGAUUUGGGCAGACAAGAGGAGCUCUUCGAAGCAAUAUUGCCUAGAGAGCAAUUCCUGGAUCGUAGGCUGAUCACAGAAGAAUUGUUGCAGGCACGUGAACUGGAAAUUUUCGGCUUCGUUGGCCGUACCGCACCAGAAGACGACGAUGGGUCCGUCACUGCAGUAGAGUGAAAACUCUAGUAACUACUGCCUUUGUUUAAAUUUACUGAUUUUAGUUGUUCAUCUUUUAUCUACGUCUACCUGGUAUCAUUUGGCUGAUGGAUGCUGUUACAACUCACUCAGGGCCGCCAUGUUUGGUGGAGGUGGAGGGGAGCGCUCGUCAAACCUUAACGCAAGUGUUACAGAUUUGAUCAAGAAAUAAGUGCAAGUGGAUUCAUCCACAUACAACUCGUUAACUCUUAAGCAAACCAAUCAAAAUCAAAUAAGAUGAAAUGUUAAUGUACAUUUCUCGAUUUUCAAACGUGGAAAAACGUGUGCUACGAAACAGUGAUGAAGUAAGUGAAGGUUACAUAGACUGGUAUCAAAUAGUGAUUAUUAUAAUAGUAAAAAUCAAAGUUUUCUGGGUGUUGAAUGGUUAAUACGCUCACGCUGCUGGAAAUAUUAUAGAGAAAAAUUCUACGAAUGGAUACCAACUCAAGAACGCGUAAAUAUAGAGAAUAAAUGCAGCUGUCAAGAAUGGCAUGGCACACACAACUAAAGGUUAUGAACAUGCAUGAUGAAAGCCUGUGGUCUCAUGAUCAAAUUUCUUGUACUUGUACAUGGUUUUGUUGCUCAUCAUCAUUUAUUGUACAGAUUCCCUCAAAGUUACCAUUCGUGAAAUCUAUAUCUUAUAAAAUGAAUAGCCAAUGCCAAUGCGAGUCAAGCAAACGUCUUAGCAUGAAGGGGCUUAAUGUUGUACCUUGACUAGUACAUACUGACUUUGUCUUGAAAUUAAUGAGGCGUAUCCCGCCACUCAUACCAAAAAUAACUAAGGGCGUGGUUGAAUGAUAUACCCUAGAAGCUACCGCUACUUCUCGUCUCAAUGCGCCGUAACCCGCCGUGGUCCUUGCAGCUUGUUUAUAGACUCACGAUUUUUAUCCACCAACUUUAUUGUCGGUCGCGCUCAUCCUACUCAUGAUAUUGUACUAGUCCCUCAGUAGAUCUUCAUCGUGUCGUGCGUCUGCAGACUCCUCGUGUCCUCCUGAAUCUUCUCACCCCAGUACCUCAUCGUGCUCAAGAACAUCCACAUCCAUUAGAUGAUAUCACUGAAAUUCUAUCCUACUGAAAUUCUAUGCAGUACUUCUUGUUCUCCCACGCCGCGGUCGUGGUCUAAGUUUAAAGUUGUCAACAGCCUUUUUCGGCGUUUUCAUAGUCCUCGUGAACGCUCACCUCCCAGAG